AUGCUCGCCACCGUUUCUCGCUCCUCGCCUCGCGCGGGCGGUCUCUACCCCAGCAGAGCCUCCACGGUGGGAUCACUGGUAUCCUCGAACCAGACACCCAUGAGGGCCAGCCACUAUGGCCAAACUCGCGGCUUCCGCUUCGGUGCGUGGUCAUCCUACUUGGACCCCGAGGUCCAGCGUCAGCUACGUCUUCGUCAGCGCCACAUCAAAUACAAAUACAUGGAAUCGAUCAAUCGCAACCUCGGCAAGUAUGCCAACCCGACACUGAACGACCGCCCUCCCGAGGAGCUCUCCCAGCCUGCAUACGAAGACCUGGACAAGUACCGUCCGGUGAUGCAUAACGAGAAUGCUGAGGUUCCGGAGCCACAUGAGCGAUAUACAGAUUUGCACAAGUAUGGCCCCAUCAUGCACAAUGAGAAGGAUGUGGUGGAGGAGAAGCAGCCCUACGACGACCUCCACAAGUACGGCCCAAUCAUGCAUAACGAAAAGGACGUCUUGGAGGAGACGCAGUCAUAUGACGACCUCCACAAGUAUGGACCGAGCAGUUUCAACGAACCUGAGGGAUUACGCCCCCGUUCCGACGAGGAGAAAUCAAAAGACUACGACGACCUUCACAAGUAUCGCCCGCAUUCUUUCAACGAGCCGUCGGGUCUGCGCCCCGUGCAUCCCGAGGAAGCCUCCAAAGCUUACACUGAUCUGGACCAAUAUGGCCCCAUGUCUUAUAACGAACCCCACGGACAAGCUCCCAUGCACCCGGAGGAGGCAUCCAAGGCAUACGCAGACCUCGAUGCCUACAACCCUGUCGGCUGGAAUGAGCCGCACGGCAAACCGCCAAUGCACCCAGAGGAAGCCUCAAAGCAGUAUAAGGACCUUGGAAAAUACUCUAAGGAGUUCAAACGCGGUGAUGCACCGCCACCAGAGGGUGUUAUUGCAGCGGUUGAGCCUGAAGAGGCGGCCAAGCACCAGCCUGUGCAAUACAACGAGCCCGAAAGCCAGCGCCCCAAAAAUGACUGGGAUCAGAAGGCUUUCGACGAGGCCAAGCAGUAUGAAUCUUUCCGCUACAAUGAGCCCGAUGGCCAACCUGCCGCCGUUAUCGACCCUGUUUCCAAGGGUUUGGGUGACUUCGAUGCGGAGGUCGCUGCGAAGGCAAACAGACGCAAGUCUUCUGCUCAGACGUCAGAGAAGGAGAGAGCAGACGAUUUGGACCUGCUCCGAGCCAGCGAUGUUCGGGCCAAAAUUCCGACGUCUUCGGGCCAGUCCCGGAGAGAGUACAGCACGACGAACAGACAGAUUCUCGAAGCCGAUCUUCCCCGAUAUGCCGUGAACUGGGAUAUCUCGAGCAAAGCUGCCCGUAUUGCAGUGCGCCAGUCUAGAAACAAGGCGUGGGAUCACAUUCCCUCCAAGAAGGAAAACCUUACUGGCAACUAUGUCAGGGACUUCCCCGAAGACUUUUCGCGGAACUGGAACGACAUUGUUGCGGCUGCCGCGGAUAGUCAAAAGGUUGAGGAAAGCAAGGACCAAGACGAGGUUGAGGCCGCGUCCUUUGAUGAGAGUUUUCCGAGUCUGGAACGCAAAUUGGAGCCUUCCCUGGACCGGUCGUCUUCCUUUAGGACCACUCGCAUUGCGGGAAAGAGAGGUCAAAUUGACCAGUAUUCAAAAGAGCCUCAGGGCCUUGAGGUGAGCUACUCCGAGGAGUGCGGUGGCAAGCAGACCUGGCCAUCCUACGUCCGGACAUAUGGAACUGUGACGGACGCCAUGACCCAUGCCUCUUCAACCGCACAGGAAGCGGUUUCCGCUGCCAAAAGCGAGGGUGUGGUAUCCCCGACUGCAGCCGAGGCACCCCGGGAGCCUACCAUUUACAAGAUUCUUGCAUACGACCCGACAAUGCAGGCUAUCAACACAGCCGAGACCACGUCGGUCGUCCCCGACAGCGCAACACCGCUAACGCCAGCGGAGGUUAUUCUACGGUUGUCGAACCCAACCAAGUUCUUCCCCUACUUUAGCACUCUGCAAAAGGAGGGAUACGAGAUUGUUUCCGGAAGCGGAGACGUCCUGGUAUUCCGCAAGGUCCGCGAGGCAGAGACGGCAUCCAAGGAGCAGACUGCUGCUUCCUUCGCCCCUGCGAUCGAGAAGCCGACGACAUACCAAGCGCCAAAGGUGAACCCCAUCGACAUGAUGGGGAGCGACCCCGUAGUACCAAGCGCUUACUCUUCCAGUCCUACAGGCUACCUCAACUAUGAUUACCCCGGAGCGGAGACAUCAGAGAAACCCCCGCCUCCCUUCAGUCCGCUGAGGAGGCGCAACACGAUAGCCUGUGACAGCCAGGAUCUCGAGCCUCCAAAGCGGCCGAAGAGGAGCCGGGCCAAGAAGGUUGUUCUUGGCGCCGUAUGGGUCGGCGGGAUUUCUUACGCGAUCGGUGUCGUUGGAGAGUAUUUCAAGACUGGAGGCAAAGAUGGUCAGGGGCCUAAGGGUUUGUAG